AUGUCGAGACCUCCCUUAAACAUGACCACCUCCCUAGAUUACUUUUCUUGUCUCGAGAUGUCGGGAUCGGCUUCGAGCUCGGACUCAUGGACACCGCGACGAGAGUUGCAGCUGCCGACUGAGCUGCUGCACAAGAUCAUCCUCUGGGUUAUAUCGGACAGUGUGCACGCUAUCUGCGUGUCGCCGGAGGACACGACCUGGGAGAAGAACGUCAUGAACACCUUCCAUGCGAUCUCGCCGGUGUUCAAGGCGAUAGCAAACGAGGUUGCGAUCAAGGCGUUCGAUAUACCCAAGUCGGUUCGUCAAGAUGAUGAUUCCCUACUUGCCACGAUGCGGGACAUCUUCCUCUAUCUCAAUAGGCUCGGGAUGCGCCUCCGACAUCCUUCGGAAUGGGGCAGCGUGUCCUUCCAGACGAUCGACUGCUCAGCAUCCUCCUUCGUGUUUGCGUAUGCUUUAUAUCUCAGCUGCAUCUCUCUCCGAAGAAACGCCAGUCGUUCCCCGCGUGACGUCUUCGAGAGCACGCACAAGGUCAUCCUCUCCGCCCUUACUCAGUCUGAGGCCCUGUGCGAUCGUGUCUUCCCUGCAGAGGUCACUGAUGUUCUGCGUGAUAGCAUACAGGAGGAAUAUGACCUGGCACGGCAUGGUCUUGUGAUAGUCCAGGCUUUCAAUAAUCUGCAUGACUAUGCUACUUCUAUGCUCGUUCUCCAGCCGACGGAGGAGGAGGACGGAAGUGGCCCUGUCACGGCCGUCCGCUCCCUGAUACAUGGGUCGCUGUGUCGCGUGGAGGCAGUUCACGAAGCAUAUAGCUCGGUGCUUUCCAAGAAAGCGGUUAGAGAUGAGCCUCGAAUAUAUCAGCUUCCCGGAGUUCUUCCUGCCCUUCGGAAAGUCUACGGGUUGACAUUCGUUGAGGACGAAUACGAUCUCCAGCGACGGCUUCAGAAGAUCGUAGACAAAUGGUCUGAUGGGUGCCCUUUCUUGAAUAAGAACGCAGACGUUACGAGGCUGCCAUGCGAAGGGUGUACACAUACACAUUAA